UUAUCUUUAACCGUGUUGGUAAGCAAGCCGACCCCGGGCCUCCAAAGGCGGUAUUCCUUUGUUUACUUUGUUAUAAUGUUAUUGUUGUUAGGCGAACAUUAAAGACUAUAAUUGUAGGUUAACAGUAAAUUAACAAGACGGUGACUUCCUGUUCUAGGACAACGCUCGGCGCUCGCUUUAAAGUCUUUCUCGUGUCUUGCCAUUCGCCAUCCAUCGCCCAGUGCCCACCACUCACUCGACAGUCUGACGUUUGCGCCUGUGGCUUGUUUACUUUUUAGUCUUGGGUAUUUUGCAAUUUGCACCGAUUAACCCAACUUGCGUUCUCAAUCACAAUUAUCCUGCAGACUUAUCUGGCUCCUGUUAUAAAGAUUUUUUUAUUUAUCUUGGCACGGAUAAUAGUAAAGUAUAUGCUAGCCUUGAACAUAGAAAAGUAUACUUGAAUUGCUUGAAUACAAUUAUCCACGAUGGCGGCCAAUGAUGACACAUACAAUAUUCCAAGUCUUAUGAAUUCUGCUUUCAAUGCUUGUGUCCAGAGCCAACGCAACAAGUACUACGAGAAGGAUGUACGAAUUGUGGAUUUAAAGAAUUGUUGCAAAGCACUUUUUGAAGUUCUGAAAUUGAACAUGGAGGCUGGUACUUUCGAUCCACUGGGUGAUCGUCAGUCAAUGUUUACUAAAGUGCGUAACAAGUUAAGUGUAGAAAAUAUAUGCGAGGAGGCCGCAUUUUAUGGUCAUAUUGAAUGCAUGAAGUUUGCUCGUGCGAUUGGUGUUCUGUGGCUCAGUUCUGCCGCAACUGGUGAAUCAGCAUGUGACCGAGCCAUAUCUGCAGGCAACCUGGAUUGCCUGGUUUAUGCCAUUGAGAAUUUAUGUCCAGCAAAUGAAGAAACGUGUGGCUGGGCAGCAUGGGAGGGCCAGUUAGAAUGUCUGAAGUAUUUACACAACAUUGGAAUCCCGUGGCACAGCAAAAUGUGUAAUAUUGCUGCAAAUCGUGGGCACCUAGAUUGUUUGAAAUAUGUUCAUGAAAAUGGAUGCCAUUUUGAUAGAACUACAUAUAGUUUUGCUGUUCUUGGUAAACACGAAGACUGUAUACAAUAUGUGUUUAGUAAAAUUUACAGAAGGUAAGACAAUUAUUAAAGUCCACCAUGACCUAUGCACUUAACCAGACUUGAAUAAAAUACUUUUAAAAAAUAUUUUGUAAUACUUUUAUUACUUUACUAUUUUGAAUACUCGAUUACUUAAAGAUAGUAUUUAGAAUAAUGAAUAUGUAUUCCAAUAAUUUUUAGUUUUGACUCAAAUAUUCAACCAAUGAUACCUAUUAUUCUUCUGGAAAAUUUGAAAUUAGCGCAAACAAUAUAUAGUUAUUCUAAAUAUAAUAAAAAAUAAUAAUAAUGAUUGGGAAUAAGAUUUAUAUGUAAAUACAUAUUUUUACUGUGACUUGAUAAAUUAAUUUAGGUAAGUGAUAAACUUGUUUCAAGCGAUUUCCAAUGUAAUGAACUAUUAAAUUAAUUUAAUUUAUAUAUCUCUUAAUUUUGGAUUUUUAAAGAAUUCAAUAAAACAACUAGAAACAAGAAAAAUGACUAGUUCAAAAGUUAGGUUCAAGGGUUACUUAUAAAAGAAGCCGAAAAAUGCAUAGAACAAGUACAAGGACCCUUGGGAGUUGCAGUAAAAGAAAAAAUGCCCAGUGUAUUACAUACAAAUCCAGGUUUAGACUGCCUAAAAUUAAUUAGAGAUACACAUUGCGAAAUGAAUGGCGUAAUAUUGCCGGCUGAACUCACUCUUUUGGACAUUGCAAAUAUAAAAUUUGCACCCAUUACCUCGGUGAAAGUCAAGCGCUCCUUUAGCCGUUACAAAUCUGUGUUACUACCAAACCGUAGAUAAUUUAAUUUUAAAAAUUUGAGAAUGUAUAUGGUAUCUCAUUGCUUCCAAGAUCAAGAUAAAUAAUGUUGAAGUAAAACAAGUAAAUUAGAUAAUAAUGUUAUUUAUAAAGCAAUUUUUAAUAUUUUUUUUUAUAUUCCAUAUUUUCAUUUUUUUAUCACAUACAAAGCAACUUUUUUUAUUACAUUUAUAUUUACAUAUUUUGGUUUUUAAUACAUAUAAAUCUGAGCCCUAUUAAUGAUACUUGAUUUAAGAUGUGUUUGAUAUAGUAAAAAUUACCUGAUAAAAAACCAAAAAAAAAUUAUUGUUUGUUCUAAGAAUACAAUUUUAAUCAGUUAAUUUGAAAAAGUAUUUUAAAACAGUGCUACGAAUACUACCCAAGGCUACACUGAACAAUAAAAGUCCAAAUUAAUAAACAAUAAUUGUCAAACAAUACCAUUUGUUUUAUUUGUUAAUUUAAUUAUUUUCUGACUGUUGACUAUGGAGCUGUUAUUAGGGAUUUUCCCACCACUAAUGACUCAUUAAAGCUUGAAAGAGUUCAAAUAAAAUUCUUGAAAUAUGAAAGGUUUAAAUUAAAUAUCCCUUGUAAGCCCCAUAAUAAUGAUCCAGUUGCGUCACAACUUGGUUUGGUUUCCUUGGCUGAGUGUAGACAUAUUUUGGGGAACAAGUUUUUAGAUGGUUUAUUACAAAGUAAUAUUGACUCUCCUGAAUUAAUAUUCUUAAUUUCAUUCGAUGUACUUCAAUACUGUAGUUUUUUUUUAUGUUCCUUUUGCCUCAAACAACUUUCUUAAAAAUGAAUCCCUAUCAGACGUAUGAUGACCAAUACCAAUGUUGAUCCUUCAUUUCUUUUGAAUCUUUUUCGAUACUAAGUUCUCCUUCUAGCUAUUAAAACAUUUUUGUAAUUGUUUAUAUAAUUAAUGAAUGUAUAUAUGUGUAUAAUGUAAAAUUGAAUGUAUAUAUGUCCAAAAGUGUUUAUUCCUUGUGUAUUAUAAAAAAAUAAGUAUCAAGUUUUUGUUAUCAAUGCAGAAUAUACAAACACUUUAAAGUUU